AUGAAGUACCAAAUCCAAGAGACGCAGGUCCCCGUCCGUCCCAUUCUCAAUAUCACGACCGAGGGAUUGAAGAGGCCUUUAGCAGCCGAAGAUAGCCCUAGAGGUCCAACCUCAGGCAAGCCUAAAAAGAGGAGAAUACUUAGACCCGGGAGGUGCGCCAAUUGCGGGUGCAAUGAGGAAGAGACCAGUCUGUGGCGCACCAACGUCGAUGCAGGUGAAGACGAAUCAGGAAAGAUCGUCUGCAAUGCGUGCGGCCUCUGGAGAUCGGAACACGGCUUUCCCAGACCCAAGAGAAUGUCCAACAUGUUCCCAAGGUUGACGAAUACCAAGUUUGAGCGUGAUGAGGUGGGAAUGAAGAAUCAUCAAAGGUCAGCGAGCAAAGCGAGUUCUGAUGAUUCAUCGUCGGAUGAGACGGAAGUGGACGAUGUAAUUGAUGCGGCCAAUAUCUUGAUGGACUUGGCUGCCAAGUGGCGAGUUGGCAAAAGUCACACCUGA